AUCCCGUCCAGCAGGCGGCAGUAAGCAGGAAUCAAAGCUUGAAGCCCCAUCAUGCACGCAUGCGCUAAAGGUCACAUGCGGUAAAGUCAUGUUGGAAAAGCUGCCAAACAAAACAACUACGACCCGUGAACAAACAAACGCGAUGUCAUUUUAGUUUCAAAAAGUCGGGAUUGCCUCUCGUUGCUACCACAAUGGCAACUCCAGCUGUUCGAAUGUUUCGGAGGUUAGAAGGCCUGUUUUGUGUCUACAAACCGUCCGGGGUUCACUGGAAGCUCGUUCGGGACAGCAUAGAGACCAACCUCCUUAAAGGUUUGAACGCUACACCUUCCCAGCCACUUCCUCAGGAGGUCCGCUUCUUGGCACAGCCUAGCAGUGAGACUGAAGCACCCAAGGGCUUAACACUGUCUGCAACCUCCGUGCCUGCAUUGUCCAAGCAUCCUCUGGUGACUGGACCGGAAUUCCGGAACAUUCGAGUUGGAGUCGGACAUCGCCUGGAUGCUUUCUCCUCUGGUGUUCUAGUUCUCGGUGUUGGGAAUGGAAACAAGACCCUGAAUGAUCUCUACAGGACACGAGUCACAAGGGAUUACACUCUGGAGGGGGAAUUUGGGACUGCAACACAUGAUUUCACUCACUCAGGUGGAGUUAUGGAAAGAUCCACCUACGAUCACAUCACACAGGAUAAGUUGGAGAGAGUGCUGGCGAUGCUGGAGGGAGCCAACCAAAAAGCCUUGUUAAUGUAUUCAAAUGUAGACAUGCAUUCACAGGAAGCCUAUGAGAUGGCUGUCCAAGGUUUACUGGGUCCAGAGGGCAAAUCGGCGCCUAUUUUGACAGGCUUGCGUUGCAUUCAUUUCCAGCCCCCCAACUUCAUUUUAGAGGUGCAGUGCCUAAACGAAACUCAGAAAUACUUGCGGAAACUUGUGCAUGAGAUAGGGCUUGAACUGCGCAGCACAGCAGUGUGUAAAGGAAUCAGACGCACCAGAGACGGACUUUUCACCCUGCAGGAUGCUCUGACCCAUCAUUACUGGACUGCUGCUGAUAUCACACAGGCCAUCCGACAAUACCAUUCCUCUAAGAAACAUAGAAAACGCUCCCAGUCACCUGCGAAGAAACCGGCGUUAAAAACAUCAGAAGAUGUGACAGCCGCUCAACAAAACAAAGCUAAUGAAGAAGCAGCGGUAGGUACAAUUAAAAAGCUUGUUGCUGAGACAAGCAGCUAAUGAGAAUCGGCCUGCUGACUAUUCACAAAACUGUUCUGCAGUGAAUCUUUGAUCAGAGAUGCUGGUUUUGUACAUUAAGUGAGGAGCAAACAUUAAAUUGGAGGUUAAAAAUCUUAUGAGUUGGUUUUAAUACACAAUUUUCUUCUACACUUACGCAUCUCUGUGAAUGUUUCAAUGCUGUGACAGUAACUUAUUCUGUAAAUGUUAAUAUGAAAAUGUUUCUUUUUAUCGUGAAAUAAAUUAAAAUAGAAAACAAGAA